AUGUAUAAAUUUCAUUUCUUUCAAAAUUCUGCUUCAGUACUUCCAAAACAAUGGGUGGUGCAAUGGCGACAUCAAUCACAUCAUCCGGAUUUCCUUACUCUUGAUCAAGGCGAAAUAGUUAUUGUACGAGAAUAUCAUAACCGAAUAAAAUGCAAAAUAGCGAAUGCAGAAGAAGAGAUCCAAAACCUGGUAACAAUUGAGCGUCUACAUCAUAAAAGAGGCCGCAAAAACAAGGGAUUUAUUUCCAUCAACUAUUUACAAUCUUUAAGUUCUACUGGACUGCCGAAAACAACAGUGGGUCGAGCAAUUUUGUCCACUUACAAUAUUCCACGAGAAAUUCUGGAAUGCAGGUGGUUUGUUGGAUGUGUUAAUCCGGUGGAAGUAGGAAUCUGGCUUCGAAAUGAUCUUCAGUCAUCGUCUGGUAGCUAUCUGGUUUGUCAACCAUCGGAAAUUAUACCAUACAUUGCAGGAUGGCCUGAUUAUAUAUUAGUUGUCAAAUGUCUUACCGGAUCGGAAGAAGAAUUUUACCGUGAAUGGGAAGAAGAUCAAAGACAUAACAUUCAACAUACACUUUCAACAGCCUAUCCGACCCGAACCGUUAAAAUGGAUAUCAUGUCCGGUAUCAACCAACCGUUCCCUCCCAUUACUUACAUUAGAAUAAGAAGGACAACGUAA